AUGAGGAAAGGGAAGUUGAGGCCUGGGAGGUUUGAGGCCAGCUAUGACCCAGGAGCCCAGAGCAGCAGGGACUGUCCUCACCAUGGCAAUAGGAACACAGGUCCUGGAGUCGGGCGGGGAGGCGGCCCUGGGGGCGGGCCGGGGCGGGGCCGGCGGUUGACACCCUGGCGCACGCGGGCCCCUCGCCGCAGACAAUACGCCUCCCGGCUCGAGCGCUGCGGACGCCGCCGCCGUCACCACCCGCCGCCACUGCCACCGCCGGACGCGAGAGAAGAAAUGUAUCAAGCAAGACCCCUCUCUAGGAACCUCUUUUUGUACACCUUCCUACAAAACCAUGGCCCAGGCUUCCUGGAAGACCAAGACUCAGGGCUCCCCGGCGUGACCAGUAUCUUGGAGUUCCACCCCGUCUCCCCCCACAGUGACAGUCCACACUACCUGGCCAUGCAGCUGGCCUCCAUUGCCGACGAGAUGGAGCUGAGGUUGCUGCUGCCCCAGUUCGAUGAACCCUUCUGGAUGACCACGCACAGCUUGUUUUUCCCCUACAGCCACGUAGGGCUCAGGGAUGUUCUGAGAAGCCUUAUGGCUGCUUUCACCAACCUCAGGGAGAGCCGAAGGCUCUGGAGCUUCCUGACUCUCAGGGACCGGGUGUCGCCCAGCCUGUGGCCCGAGCUGGCGCUUUCCCUGCUGGUGGUGGCGAUGCUCAGCUGGGGGUGCCGCCUCCACUGA